AUGUCAACAGAACCAGUAUGCGUCAUUUCAAUCCGACCAAAGGAGGGUAAAUUCACCGAGCUGCUAAACUUUGUAUCGCCAACUUUGAAAGAAAUCCAAGAGAAUGUUGCUGGUGUUGUUCACGCAUAUGAAUUCGUGGUAUCAGGCAAGGAAGAGGUUAUAGUUCUUGAACGAUUCCGGAGCAAUAAUGCUAUGUUUAACUAUUUUAACAGUGAUUACCAUGAAGGAUUGGUUAACAAGCUUUUGCCCUUGGCUCAGGAGCCUAUUGAUAUUAGAAGUUCGGCAAAUCUUGACCAGCUGCAGGACUGGAAAAGUGGUAGCCAGGGAGGCCAUUUUACUGUUUGA